GUUUUUUGCUGGUCCAGCAGCUGCUCCAUCUUCUUCAUCUCUCGCUCUGUCUCUCUCACGCUUUCUUCUCCUGCCUCCUCUGUCUCUCCCUCUCCCUCUGUCUCGUCCAUUUCGACCUGAAUCCUCUUCAAAUUCCUCAAUUACUGUGCUACACUUCACUGACAAGCAACCCGCCUCCCGCAAAUUCGAAAUUUUCGAGCUCGGCGACCGCAAAGUGCUCGAGCCAGAGCUCGAAGGAGGUCGCGUUCUGGGAAGUUCCCCCCGCGUCGUCAUCCGUGGCAAUGCCUGUUCCCGCUAAGCCCCAGCCCACGGCCAAGCCUGUGGCCGAGCUGCGAGCCAUCCUCGGCCCUGGCGGAAACAGAGUCGCCGUAGGCAAAGAAGACCCGAAGCGCCAGAGCAAGCUGCAGAAGCCGAGGAAGCCAGCUGCUGCGGAGGUGCCGGCUUCGGCCGUGAGGAGCAGCGCCUCGGUGGACAGCACGGCCUCCUCGGACUCGAACUCGAACUCAAGCAGCGCUUCCUCUGUGAAGAAGAUGGCCAAGUGCAGGAGGACGGUGAAGAGCGUAGUAGGAGCGACGGUGGCGAGGCCAGUGUCCCCCGGUGCUGAGGAUGGUGGUGUUUCUGGUCCGUUGAAACGGUGCGACUGGAUCACAGCGAAUUCAGAUCCUCUGUAUACUUCCUUCCAUGAUGAAGAAUGGGGCGUUCCUGUUCAUGAUGAUAGGAAGCUCUUUGAGCUGCUGGUCUUUUCACAAGCACUGGCAGAAUUGAGUUGGCCCAUGAUUCUACAGCUGAGAGAAGUAUUCAGGAAGUUUUUUGCCAAUUUCGACCCAUCAUGCGUUGCUCAUUUUGAUGAGAAGAAGAUGCUCUGUGUGAAAGUAAAUGGCAAACCAUUGCUUUCUGAACCAAAGCUUCGUGCUGUUAUAGAGAACGCCAAACAGACCAUCAAGAUUCAGGAGGAGUUCGGCUCCUUCAGCAACUACAUAUGGAGUUUCGUGAAUCACAAGCCCAUAAGAAAUGGAUUCCGUUAUGCUCGUCAGGUACCCAUAAAGACGCCGAAAGCAGAGGUCAUUAGCAAGAACAUGAUGCAGAGAGGCUUCUGCUCCGUCGGGCCGACUGUCAUCUACUCGUUCAUGCAGGUCUCGGGAAUGGUUAAUGAUCAUCUAUUGUCAUGCUUCAGAUACAGAGAAUGCAUUGCAGAUGCCAAGAGGGAUUUUAAACCCAAGACAGAGGAGACAGAAGUGAAAAACGAAGGCUCGGGGAGCCCACGCCGUCUUAAAGCCAAACUCUUCUAGAGCAAAAACUUACCUCCUAACUGAUGACAAAAACUCAGAAUUACAUUACCUUCUAGAUAUGGGAAUUUGAUAGGGUCGUGAGAGGGUCUAGCGUGUGCAACUUAAUGAUGCUUUAGUAUAGCUAUUCUUCUCUGUCCGCUUGUAUAAUGUUGGGUGUAUUAAGAAGUUGUUGACAUUACGUUCUGAGGAAUGCCCUGUUGAUGUAAGGUUGUGAGAAAUUUAUCCACUUUGCCAUCUAUUUUUAGCACUUCCAUGCC